GCGCGAUCCAGUAGCCGAUCUCCAGCAGCCCUGCUCUGCCACCAGGACUAAUUUCAUCAUGAAAACUUUCAAACUCUUCAUUUUCACAUGAGCUGUUUUUCUCAGUUUGGUGCGUGGUGUGAACAAAACAACUUUUCGCAGCAGACACCAUCUGUGCCGCGGCGAAGUUAUCUUCUUCUGGUGCCAAUUAUACAGCCUGUGUUGAAGCCUGCCCGGUCGCACUGACCCUGUUACCCAGCUUUAAUGUCAACUCCCUGGCUCCUAAGUGGAGGGAAUUACCCCACUUUUCGUCUCCAAUCAGGAAAAAAGAAGAGCAAGACAGCACCAUGCAGAGCUUGACUCUUUUUCAACCCAUGUGCUCUUUUCAUGGUCUGACUGCUCUUGCUCUUUGGUGAAACACAGGGUCAGGACUGUGUGGAUAAAACCUUGAGGGGUUUUGACAUUUCCGCCGUACUGUCUGUUUUCUUUUCCCUUUUUUUUUUUGCUCUUUUUUUUUUCUGGCGUCGCUGCUUUUUGGAGGGGAUCCAGAUGAUGGGGUGGUGUUGCUCGGGCAUAUGCAGAGCCCUGGCUCUCCUGGCACUCCUGUUUCCCUCGCGGGAGAGGGGCUGCUGGGGGCUGAAUCCCAGCUCUGGGGAUCUGGAGAAGUCCCCACACUCUGAUCCAGACCCCUGGGAGGCCCUGCACAGGCACAAACGCAGCUGGGUAUGGAACCAGUUCUUCGUUUUGGAGGAGUACACAGGAAAUGAACCACUCUAUGUUGGCAAGCUUCACUCAGAUGUGGACAAAGGAGAUGGCAAGGUGAAGUAUGUGUUAACUGGUGAGGGCUCUUCCUCCAUCUUCACCAUUGAUGAGAACACAGGGGACAUCCACGCCACGAAGCGCCUGGAUCGAGAGGCGCAGUCCUACUACACCCUCGCAGCUCAAGCUGUAGACCGCAUCACCAAUAUCCCCGUAGAGCCCAGAUCCGAAUUUGUGGUCAAGGUCCAGGAUAUCAACGAUAAUGAGCCCAAGUUUCUUGAUGGACCAUACUUGGCUGGGGUACCGGAAAUGUCCCCCUUAGGAACCAUGGUAGUGCAAGUGGCAGCCACAGAUGCAGAUGACCCGACGUAUGGGAACAGCGCCAGGGUGAUCUACAGCAUCGUGCACGGACAGCCGUACUUCUCAGUGGAGCCCAAGACAGGUGUCAUCAGAACAGCUCUGCCGAACAUGGACCGGGAGACGAGGGACCAGUAUGUGCUCGUCAUCCAGGCCAAAGACAUGGUCGGUCAGAUGGGGGGGCUCUCCGGCACCACCUCUGUUACUGUCACACUCACUGACGUCAACGACAACCCGCCUCACUUCACUCACAAGAACUAUCAGUACACGGUGCUGGAGUCGCUGCCGGUGCAAUCUGUGGUGGCCAGAAUCAAAGCGGCUGACGCUGAUAUAGGCUCCAACGCAGAGAUGGACUACAGGUUGAUGGAUGGCGACGGGCCUGGCAUGUUCAACAUUACAACAGAUGAGAACACACAAGACGGGGUCGUCAUCCUUCUGAAGCCUCUGGACUUUGAAACAAAGAGCAGCUACUCUCUGAGAAUCGAGGCCACAAACAGGAACAUUGACUCCGACUUCUUGAGCUCGGGCCCAUUUAGCGACACAACAUCAGUCAAGGUGACAGUGGAAGAUGUGAACGAGCCGCCCGUUUUUUCCACACCGCUCAGCAAGAUGGUUGUUUCAGAAGACGCCAAAUCGGGCACCUCAAUUGGGAGGGUCUCUGCCCAUGACCCAGACAACUCCAACAACGGCAUCAGGUACUCUAUUGACCGAAACACCGACCUGGAGCGCUUCUUUAACGUGGAUGCUCUAAGUGGGGUCAUCAGCACAGCCAAGCCUCUGGACCGAGAGGCCAACAUGGUCCAUAACCUCACCAUUUUGGCCAUCGAGAGCCAGGACCCGGUCCAAAUUGGGAAAGGCAUCGCUCUCAUCACGGUGCUGGACAUAAAUGAUAAUGCCCCGGUCUUUGCCAUCGACUAUGAAACUCUUCUGUGUGAAAACGCCAGGACAGGACAGGUGAUCCAGACCAUCAGUGCCGUGGAUAGAGACGAACCUCUGAGCGGCCAUCGCUUUUAUUUCGCCCUCGCUGCCCCUGUUGCCGGAAACCCCAACUUCACUCUGCGAGAUAACAAAGACAACACAGCUUCCAUACUGACGAAGAGGAGUGGUUUCAGGAGGCGGGAGCAGCCUGUCUAUCGGCUGCCGGUGUUGAUUGUGGACAGUGGAAGUCCCACCCUGAGCAGCACAAACACACUCUCAGUGCGAGUGUGUGACUGUGACUCGGACGGCGUGGCCCUGUCUUGUGGAGCCGUGGCCUACACUGCGACCGGCCUGAGCACCGGGGCCCUCGUGGCUAUUCUGGGCUGCAUCAUCACACUUCUCGGUUAA